UUCGAAUGCUCAGAGUGUGGACAGAAAUUUAGUGCAAAUGGCAAUCUUCAACAGCAUCAGAGAACCCACACAGGGGAGAAACCGUUUGAAUGCUCAGAGUGUGGAAAGAGAUUCAGUCAGUGUGGUAAUCUUCAGGAGCAUUUAAGAACCCACACAGGGGAGAAACCAUUUGAAUGCUCAGAGUGUGGAAAGAGAUUCAGUCAGUGUGGUAAUCUUCAGAAGCAUUUAAGAACCCACACAGGGGAGAAACCUUUUGAAUGUUCAGAGUGUGGGAAGAGAUUUAGUGAGAAUACCAGUCUUCAGUAUCAUCAGAGAACCCACACAGGGGAUAAACCUUUUGAAUGCUCAGAGUGUGGAAAGAGAUUCAGUCAGUGUGGCAAUCUUCAGAAGCAUUUAAGAACCCACACAGGGGAGAAACCUUUUGAAUGUUCAGAGUGUGGGAAGAGAUUUAGUGAGAAUACCAGUCUUCAGCAGCAUCAGAGAACCCACACAGGGGAGAAACCUUUUGAAUGCUCAGAGUGUGGGAAGAGAUUCAGUCAGUGCGGCAAUCUUCAGAAGCAUUUAAGAACCCACACAGGGGAGAAACCUUUUGAAUGUUCAGAGUGUGGAAAGAGAUUUAGUGAGAAUACCAGUCUUCAGCAGCAUCAGAGAACCCACACAGGGGAGAAACCUUUUGAAUGCUCAGAGUGUGGGAAGAGAUUUAGUGUGAAUACCAGUCUUCAGUAUCAUCAGAGAACCCACACAGGGGAGAAACCUUUUGAAUGCUCAGAGUGCGGAAAGAGGUUCAGUCGAACUAGCCAUCUUCAACGGCAUCAAAGAACUCACACAGGGGAAAAACCAUUUGAAUGCUCAGAGUGUGGAGAGAGAUUUAGUGAGAGGGGGACUCUUCAAAAGCAUCAGAGAAUCCACACAGGGAAGAAACCGUUUGAAUGCUUAGAGUGUGGAAAGAGAUUCAGUUCAAAUGGUAAUCUUCAACAGCAUCAGAGAACCCACACAGGGGAGAAACCUUUUGAAUGCUCGGAGUGUACAAAGAGAUUCAGUCAUGGUGCCAGUCUUCAGCAGCAUCAGAGAACCCACACAGGGGAGAAACCUUUUGAAUGUUCAGAGUGUGGGAAGAGAUUUAGUGAGAAUACCAGUCUUCAGUAUCAUCAGAGAACCCACACAGGGGAGAAACCUUUUGAAUGCUCAGAGUGUGGAAAGAGAUUUAGUGGCAGUGGAUGUCUUCAAUGGCAUCAAAAAACUCACACAGGGGUGAAACCAUUUGAAUGCUCAGAGUGUGGACAGAGAUUUAGUGAGAGGGGGACUCUUCAAAAGCAUCAGAAAAUCCACACAGGGGAGAAACCUUUUGAAUGCUCAGAGUGUGGAAAGAGAUUCAGUCAAAGUGGCAGUCUUCAGAAGCAUUUAAGAACCCACACAGGGGAGAAACCUUUUGAAUGCUCAGAAUGUGGAAAGAGAUUCAGUCAGAGUGGCAGUCUUCAGAAGCAUUUAAGAACCCACACAGGGGAGAAACCUUUGGAA